CGAGGCUCCAUUCGCUCAGCGCGAAACAGGUUUGUGUAGAGUGAGCUGACUCAUUUCUUAUUUAUUUUGAUCGUAUUUCAACAUUGUAAGCAAUCUGAACAUCUGCAAGGCUAGCUACGUUUUCAUUGCAAGUGUUCAGCCACCGAAGAUGGAGAAACCACAAGAUACGACAAUGGAUCUCGGACAACUGCCUGAAAAAACUAGCGCCGCUGAAGUCGUUGUAAUGGAAGCUGGGCUACAGAAGAACCCGUCAGAUAAACAAGUCCGCGAUUACGUUUUGAAAAGGUUUUACUCUACGAGGCCUGGUAAUUUUGAACAUUCAGUUGAGGAUGUUAAGAGAUAUAUUGAUCCUUCACUUGAUGGUGCAUUUGUAAGUGCCUGGCUUCUUGCAGAAAUUGAUCAUUGGGAUCAUGAAAAGGAAAGACUUUGCAUAAUCACAGAAAAACAACUGCUCAUCAUCAAAUACAACUUUGUUGCCUUGAGAAUCGAGGAAUCGAAAAGAAUUGACCUACAAAAGAUUGAAAAGAUUCAAGGUGGCAGAUUUGUAUAUCCAAAACACAAUUUAAUUCUCAAUCGGGAAUUCCAGACUGGUAUACGUAUACACAUUGACAAGGUGCUUCAUCUCUCUUUGAUGCAAAAAUGGAACCCACUCUUUAAUGACAUGCCAUUCUUCACAUUCACACAACACAAGGCUGUUCCCUUUCUUGAUGAAAUACCUUAUUACAUGGGCUACCAAGAUUUUAAACAAGCCCUGGUAUCAGCAAUGGAAGGAACUGGUGCAACAUUUGAAGCAUCUUGUGAGGAUAUUCCUCUGGAAAUUUAUGUUGGUUUGAUGUCAAUGGUACACAAUUCAAAUGACUUUGGCUAUUCUAAAGACAGAGGGGUAAUGAGCUUUUAAGCCAGUUGAAUGCAUCAUGGUUUUAUCAUAACGAGAAAUGUGAUAUUAACCUUAGAAAAAUGCCACAAAGACUUGAACAAGUCUGCAUUAAAUCACAUAGAGGUUGCUUGUUGGUAUUUCAUUUAAACUAAAUAUUAUUCUGUAAUUGGUUUCAUUAGUUAUUUAAAAUAAUUUGUUUUUUACACAGUGCAUAUCAUUUUCAUUUGUUACAGCCCAUUUCAUAAACAUUCAUUCUUUUGUUAGUCUAAGUUUGUGUCUACAACCAAAAUUCACUUAUAUCCUUAGAUGAAAAGUACUUUUUUCAGAAUAUAAAGCAAUCAAAUCGUGUCAAAAUGGGUUUAUCUUGUUGCUCUUGCAAUCUAAGACUGCAAUGUUUCUCUUUUUGCAAUUGGUAGUAGAAAGGCCGCUUAGAGGUAGCUCAAGUUACAGUGUACAUUUGAGAUGGAUAACAGUUAUGAAUUAUCGUAAUAAUUAUAUUGAACUUUUUACAGGCCCCUUAUAGUACAAGGUCAUCUAGUUUUUACCUCAGCUACACUCCUUUCUUAUUGCUGGUGGUUGUAGACUCGUUUUAUGAUGCUACAAUUGUUUGCCAAAAUAAUAGUUGAGUGCAAUGAAUAGUUCAAGCUCAAAAAUUGACAAUCCCAGGGUAUAACUACUUUUCCAAGUUAUCAACACUGUUCCUAAAUUAUCUUCUCCUUCCCCAUUAAAUAUCGAUUCCUUCAUAAGAGGUAUUUGUGCAUCAAGUCUUAGUUAGAUUGUCAAUGACUUAAAAUUUGUAUGAAGUAACAUUUUAAGGGAGGAUGAUAAACAACUUUAAUCUGUCACAAGAACAUUCAGUGAAAGUUUUCCGACAAUUUUGUUUUUUAAAAGUGUAUUAAUUACAUUUGCAAUUUAUGCUAUAUUCUUUUAUCCAUUAUCAUAAGGGCCAGCACCACUGAUCCUUAACUUGAGUGGCCAGUGGUGUUAAAAAAGUUUUUUCUUCCCCCUCCCCCUUCCCCAAUCUUGGCAAACAUGUUGCCUACAUUGUUUUACUUGUAGAAUUUGAUUCAAUUUUGUUGUUGUAAUAUACAGGUUUAUCUAUAUAAUUAAUUUGGUCUGAUCUUAAUCUGUUAUUAAGCGAAAAAUAGGAGAGGCUGUGCCCUCUAUCUCCCUACCCCCUGUUGCGCAGGCCCUGAUCAUGCACAUGAAGCUGUUCAAUCCUUAUAUAUACAUUAUGAAUUUAGCUACAAUUAGAUAUUUAUGUUUUGGAAUUAUUCAGAUAUAUUCUAUUAUUUUAACUUUUGAUUGGUGUACACCAUUGUAUUAUUGGCAUGUAGAAUGUUAAAUAACAAAAUUAAUGUUCAGAUACGCUCUUUU